AUGUCGUGGCCUGGUCCGGCCCUCGGUGUCCUUCCUCGCCUCCUCCAGGACCUGGUGGGACGUCAGGAUAGGAGGUGUGGUGUGGCCCGUGUGGCCCAAAUUUUUGCCUUCAGCUCCCACUUUGAUACAGAUGGGGCUCCGCUGAGCGAGCUGUCGUGGCCUUCGUCCCUGGCGGUGGUAGCUGUGUCCUUCUCUGGCCUCUUCACCUUCGUCUUCCUCAUGCUGGCCUGCCUCUGCUGCAAGAAGGGCGACAUAGGCUUCAAGGAGUUUGAAAACACUGAGGGAGAGGAGUACCAGGCAGAUCUCUCCGCCCUGGCCUCGCCUUCCUCCCAGAAUGGCCCCGAGGUCUACAUCCUUCCCCUCACGGAGGUCUCCCUGCCUGUCUCCAGACAGCCUGGCAGAUCCAUCCAGCUGCUGAAAUCAUCAGACCUUGGUCGCCAUAGUCUACUAUAUCUAAAGGAGAUUGGACAUGGCUGGUUUGGCAAGGUUCUGCUGGGCGAGGUCAACGCAGGCCUCAGCACCACCCAGGUGGUGGUAAAAGAGCUGAAGGCCAGUGCCAGUGUCCAGGAUCAGAUGCAGUUCCUGGAGGAGGUGCAGCCAUACCGAACGCUCCAGCACCCUGCCCUCCUGCAGUGCCUGGCACAGUGCUCAGAGGUCACUCCUUAUCUGCUGGUCAUGGAGUUUUGCCCUCUGGGUGAUCUCAAGAGCUACCUGCGCAGUUGUCGGGUGGCUGAUUCCGAGACUCCUGACCCUUUGAUCCUCCAGCGAAUGGCCUGUGACAUUGCCUCAGGGCUUCUGCACCUCCACAAAUACAACUUUAUACACAGUGACCUGGCCUUGCGAAACUGCCUGCUAACUUCAGAAAUGUCAGUUAAGAUCGGAGACUAUGGGCUCUCUCACAGCCGAUACAAGGAUGACUACUAUGUAACACAAGACCAGAUUUGGGUGCCCCUGCGCUGGAUUGCACCUGAGCUUAUAGACGAGGUCCACGGAAACCUGCUUGUCGUGGACCAAACAAAAUCCAGCAACAUAUGGUCACUGGGGGUGACUGUGUGGGAGCUGUUUGAGCUGGGAAACCAGCCGUACAGACACUACUCUGACAGACAGGUGCUGACAUAUGCUGUGAAGGAACAGCAGCUCAAACUGCCCAAACCUCAGCUCCAAUUCCCAAUGGUUGAGCGCUGGUAUGAGGUGAUGCAGUUCUGCUGGCUGCAGCCCGAGCUGAGACCCAGCAGUGAGGAAGUACACCUCCUGGUCACAUACUUGUGUGCCAAAGGCUCCAGUGAGGCUGAAGAAGACUUUGAACAACGCUGGAAUGCCUUGAGACCCAACCUCCUCGGUAGCACCACCCACACAGCGACAUCCACAGCCCUGACAGUGGAGCUGGCCUCCUCUGCCUCGUCCUCCUUCCCCCUCCUGGAGCACUUCUCUGACAGCUUCCACUCUGACACAGGGGACGACCUACUCACUGUCACAGAGACCAGCCAAGGUCUCAACUUUGAGUACAAAUGGGAGCAAGCCAGAGCUGAGCAGCCAUACUGCUCGUCCUCUACCAGUGGGCCACUGGGCCAGGGGAACCCACAUUACCAGGACAUCUACUAUUCAAGUAAAGGAAGCACCUCAGGGGGCUGCAAGACUGACAGUCUGACCUCAGGUACAUCCCCAUCCUACUAUGAACCUGAACAUCCAGGUGUGGUCCCAGUUUUAAGUGCCCACAGCCCCUCUGUCAGCAGCGAGUACUACAUUCGCAUAGAAGAACCAGUAGAGUGUAACAUUAACUUGGAUGACUCCUUGGUGGACUACAGCCCAGGAUUGGAGGCCAGCAGCAGCAGGUUGUCCUCUGAGAGUCGGACUGGUUCAUCCAUGGCACAGCCCAGCGCUUACUGGGCAACCGCUGACAACACCAAGUCUACAGCCUAUGACUCUGAUUCAAGCCCCACUGUCCAACUCACCAUGGAACCACUGCUAAGACAGGCAUCCAGCACCAGUCCUGUAGAGUUAGGCCAUUCCCACAACUGCUUCUCAUCCAGUCAUGAUGACACAGUCUACUGUGAACAGUCAUCAGCAUACAAGACACACCACCAAUCAUGUCUGUCUAGACUGGAUACAUCGCCAGAGUCCAAAACAAACCUUGUCCAUCCAGUAGGGCGUUUAGACAACCCACGCAGUUUGUCACAAGCAGUGAGCAGCCCCAGCUUAGGAUUCUGCGAUCCCUACCUUGAAGCGAGCACAGGUCGUAGCACGAUAAAUGAAAGCUGCCAUAAUAUGAUGGGUCCCCUCAGAAAGACACUACCCAUUGUUAACCACAUUACCAUUGAUGUAGGGACAGACGACGGCCUGCUGGUGGGCCAGCGGGGAAGUGAAGACAUUGAGGAUGACCUUUUCUCUGAAGGAGAGGCCACUAACUGGACCUCAAACCGUUCCGCAAAUAAUAAUAGCCUGAGCUUUGACAGCAGGCAUACAGGCAGCGGGCAUGACAGCUAUCUGGAUCUUCAAUAUACCAAUCACUCUAACACAACAGAAUUAUGGUCAUUAACCAAGGCCACCACCAGAACCUUCCACAGCUCCCGGUCUUCUGGCACCUUAGAGGCUGAAGGAGGAGACUCUGGUUGUAACGCUGCUAGCAAGCCCUUUGAAAUAGGUUCAUACAUUCACUUAUAUCAUAAAGAAAGAGAGGGAUCUGACACUCAAGGAGAAAGGAAGUUAGCUGCAGAAAAUCAAAGAAGUAUUGAUUCUCUUAUCAGCUCAAGUAUUAAUGCCAGAGGAGCAGAGGAUGGGAAAAUAGAGGGAAAAUAUGAGCAAUUGUUGCUUAAUGGAGAGAGACUGUACUCUGAGCCUAAGAUGAUACCUGAGGCAAGCUUUAUAAAGUCCCCAUCCUCUUUCAAGGAGCCUCAGACAGGUCAAACAGCAGCCUUGUCUGUGAAUCAGAGAGGUAACAUCUGGGAGGGGGUUUCAGCAGGAAUCUCUGUUGGUCUGGGGGACAAGAGGCUUAACUAUGCAGAGACAUCAGAAAGCAGAAGAGCAUUGGACUGUGGAGUGGGGGUCAGAAACUCAAGCAUUGGCCUGGUUGAGCUUGGUGACUACAGUGAGGAUGAUGAUGAAGACAUCACAGAUAUAACAUCAGGGAUCUUUGCAGACUUCAACCUGGACUAUGCUGAGGUGGAGGAGGAAGAGCUAAGCCCACUGAAGAAUCCAGAGAGGACUCCUGAUUCUGUAGACACCAUGAACCUGUCCUCAUCGAUGGCAAGCACGUGUGAUCAGGCCUUCAGUCCAGAUCCCUUCAAUACCCCUGUCCUACCCAAAUCCUUGGACAGUGGCUAUGACACAGAGAACAACGAAUCUCCAGAGUUUAUCUUCAAAGAGCUUGGAGACCCCCGAGGUGGUGAGAGGAGCCCGAGGCUGGGUGGACAAGCUGAAGUAGUUCUGCAGGUGGGUUUAGGCCAAGGGGUCUGCACUUCCACAAGCACCUCAGAGCUACAGUUAAAGGGCCUGACUGAUAAAAACCCAUACAGGGACUCAGCCUAUUUCUCUGACUAUGAUGCUGAAAAUGAGAAGAGCCCUCAAGAGGAAGGCACCAAGUUUUAUGCAGGUCCGAGGAACGUCACUGCUGAGAAAUUAAGCUGUAUCAGAGAUGAUGACUCUGUCAAAAGACAGUUCAACAAUGAAGAUCAUUUAACAAAUCUGAGACACAUCAAAAGUUCUGUUUUGGUGAAUCUCUCAGAGGCUGACCCUAGUUCACCCCAUCCCCUUCCUACCCCUGGGUUGUCCAUGCUGUCACCCUUUCCUCCGCAGAUGGGCGGCUGCCUGACCAAAGAGUCUGCCCCUGCUGAUGACGAUCUCGGGUUGGAGACAGAACACUCAGGAGAGGAGCCUUCCUCUGAGCUUAGCUCCUCCAUUGGGUCUGUACCCUCUUCCACUGUCCAGGAGGCCUCAGGUAACCAUGAGGAGGGGAACAGGGGCGCAGAAGAUUGCUCCCCAUUCCAGUCUUUGCAUUCUGACUCCACCAUAACUGACUACAGAGACGAGGCACCCAAAGAAAAUGAAAACAGUGAUGGAUCCACCGAGGAGGAAGAGCUGCCCGAAUUCAAUCAUGUCAAGGAAGAGACGGAGGACAGAAGGGAGGCUGUGAGAAUAAAUGAGGAAGAUUUUGAGGACAUAGAUGCAGAGGAAUGUGACUCACAGGACAGUUUAUGUGAAGAAUCCAACGGUCCCGUUGACCUGUCUUCUUCCUCGUCGUUGUUGGAGCUCUGCGGAGAAGAAGUGAGAGCUCCCCUGGAGGAGGCGGAGGAUGAAGAUGACUCAGAAGACAGCGAGUCUGAUGAAGAGUUGAGGACCUACAACAUCCAAGAUGAAGACAGCGAGGAGAGUGAGGAGGAUUUCACCGCAGUGCCAGUGGUAGUAGGCGACUGCAGCAGGGCUGGACACCUCCGCAGCCUCCUGAAGAUGCCCACCCUGCUCACUCAGUCCUUCUGCGAUGAGCUGGAGAGGAAGAAAAAAGCUGUGUCCUUUUUUGAUGAUGUUACGGUGUUCCUUUUUGACCAGGAGAGCCCCACAGGAGAGCUGGCUGACUAUGCCUUCUCCGUAGGAGAGUCCAGUGAGCAGGAAUCCUCAGAGGGAAAAACCUCUGACCAACAGCUGCAACCUGACCCUGAACUUGAAGCUGAACUUGAAGCUCAAUCCUGCGAAACAUUCUGCGUUUCUGAAGAAACAGACGGGAACAACUCAGAAGAGGGUGGGGGCUAUGAAUGGAAAGAUGACCUCUCGUUUGAGCCCCGCCCGUCCUCACCUGACACCAUCCCAGAGCCCCAGUCCUCACCUACAUCCACCUCCAACAGUCCCGAGGCUCCUAAACCUGCAGCUGUAGUACUUAACCGUUUUAUGGUCUCACGAUUCUCUAUCACACAUGUCUCCGACCCCCACAUGGGUUCAGCAACAGGGAACAGUGAAGAUAGCCCAAGAGACUGAGCACCCCGCGGUCCUGACUGGAGGACGAGUCCUGGUCCUUCUCAACACAGAAAAGCAGCAUUAUUAUAUCUAGAUGUUUUACAGAGUUUUAUUUUUAUCAACAUUUGGGCAUCUGACCCUGGUGACCCUUUAUGAGACAGUGCCUCAUAUUAUAGUGAAAGACCCUCAAUGAUUUGCACACUUUUUUUUUGUUGUGAAGAACAAGUGAUAGCUGCUGGUAUAAACCUGACUGAGACAAACCAGAGAGUGGAUCCAAAGUCAGAUUACAUUGUUUGCAAAAAACAGAAAUCAUCAGUAUAUUAGUUUUAACAUGCAGUAUAUGACAAUAACUUAUUUGCUCAAUGCAGCGUCAGUUUCGGGUCAUUGAAGUUGUUAAUCUAAACGAAAAUAAGAAUGAAAGGAGGAAAAAAAUAAUAAUAGUGACAUGGCAGGCGUCGUAGCUGCUCCUCUCAUU